UAGGUAAGAAACGAGAGACUCACGUCAAGAAAAUUCACUCGGAUACAAAUCAGAAUCGCCCUACACAAACUCCUCUCUCUCUCUCUCUCUCUACCAUAAACAAACAUAGGGUAUCAAUUAUCAAUUUCUAUUUCAAAAUAGGAAAAAUAAUGAGUGAUGAGACAGGGAGGAACAGGGUUGGAUCGCUGGAGGUGCCGUCGUCGGAGUCCGCCGUUCACAGUAAAUACUCGUCCGGCUCCACUAACGGCCCCGUUGCCGGAAAGAAAGUAGUCAUCAAAAGCGCCGACAUGAAGGAGGAUUUGCAGAAAGAAGCAGUAGACAUUGCAAUCGCAGCAUUUGAGAAGUAUAGCGUGGAAAAGGAGGUUGCAGAGCACAUAAAGAAGAUGUUUGACAAGAAGCACGGACCCACUUGGCAUUGUAUUGUUGGCAAGAAUUUUGGUUCUUAUGUAACUCACGAGACAAACCACUUUGUCUACUUCUACUUGGAUUCUAAAGCAGUUCUUCUGUUCAAAUCUGGUUGAUGUAUAGAGUCCCUGGAGUAGCUAAGACAAAAGUUGACGAUGGUAUUUAUAGCAGGAGUUGUACUAUUUGAAAAUUGCUACUGGUGCAAGAUUCUUGUAUAAGUUCUAUCCUGACUUGCUGUUCCACUUUUACCGAGUGUAAUUCCACUGAUCCAUGAUUGUUAUGUAUGCUUGUUAGAGGAUUUGAGUUGAGUGAAUUAAAAAAUAAAAAAAAUGAAGUAUGGAUCCAA